AUGGCUUAAUAAACUCCAAAACAUAAUAAUUCUAACAAGAUUAAUUCCAAUUUACAAUUAUCUUCUAAUUAAAAACAAUGUGUAAAUGCAUAGUAAACUAUCGAUAAUGAUGUGAUUUCUAGUAAAAAGAAGGUAAAAUAAAAUACUGAAAUUUAGGAAGUUUAUGACCGAUUGAUGAGUUCUCAAACAAAUAGAGACAAUCAAACAGAAGUAUCAUAAUACUUUGAUCAUUUAGGAGGUAAAGUUGAUUGAAUAUAAAACAAAAAGGUAAAUGUCUAUGCGCAUUGUGUAACUGUGGAAAACAUAAAUGUAAUGGCAAAAAUUGCAUACAUAAACCCUAAUUACAUGGAAAUUACACUAUUUAUUAAAAGGAAUAUCAGAAGAAGACUCCAGAAACCGGGUCUCGAUAUAAUCAGAAUAUAUUCACACAACCUAAGGCAGAAGGAGAUCUAGGGAAUGUGACAACAUAUAAAGUAUUUGUCAACAAUCUACUUAAUUAGCACGAUUUUCCAGGGUAUGAUAGCAAAGCUGAACUACACAAGAAUUCAUAGAAACCUACAGUAAGUGGAGUCCCUUUUUCUGGAUUGUCAACCUACAACAAUAUGUACUUGAAUUGGGGAAUGGGUGAUACACCUCAACUACUACCUUAAAAUAAUCCUACUAUUAUUAAGGAAAUGCCUUUUAUGGGAAGGAGCAUAUACAAAGAUAGCUAUUAAGGAGUGUAAGCUCCUCCAGCAUAGAGUUGUAAAAACAUGAACAAAGCUACUAAGUAUAUUGUUUAACUAUGUAGAUCCCCAUUAUCUCCUCCCGAUUUGCAAUUCUCUGCUGAAUCUAUAGCUAAAUCUUCGUAUAAACCCUUUAGAACUGACAGAGUGCCCACAGCUAAAAGCUAACAAAAUGUACUUCUCCAUUUUUAAUUAUGUAGGCAAACUUAAAUCCCUCAUAUAAUGGCCAAUAUAAUAGUGAAUAUCGUAAGGAAUUCGAUCCAAAAAGUUUGAAUUAAUGUCCAGCAAAGGAGGUUUUGGAGGAAGUUACUCGUAAUACGUAAUUUUGA